AAUAAUAAUAAUAAAAUAAACCCCCCCCAAAUGAGCACAUAGUACUAAAAUUUUACUGUAUUGCCCGGGCCAGUUCAUAGAAAAAAGAAGCUAAAAAAAAUCCUCUUAGGAAACAAGAAGUAAAAAGGGCAAAAGGAGAAAGAAAGAGUAAAACUCAAAUAAAUUUUCUCAAGAUUAGGACGGAAUAUCUCUAUGCUAAAAAAAAAGACCUUGCUGCUACGUUUUAGACGAGGGACCGAAGUUUGGAAGGCACUCUCAACGAGCGGUCAUGCUGAAAUUCUUAUAGUUUCAUUGUCUUUAUCCGUUUUGGAUAAAUUGACACAUUUAGGGUCUCGAAGGCAAUGGGGACUAGAAAAAGCGAGUAGCCGAUUCCAAUUUGCGAGCCUGGUGCCUAUGUUUAUCACAAGAAAGAAUGUUUUUAAUGUAGGUGAUUUUGGCUGUGAAGAAGGAGUAGGAACAGAUGUAAUGGCGGGGGAGGGAGGGGCGUUAGCAAAACUAAGUUAUUCUGGACAUUUUGAUCUUGGAGUAAACUUUUUAGAUUUUGGAUCUCUUGCUGGGCGUCAACUUAUGUCUGUAAAGAAAAGUUAUUUUAUUGCAGAGAGGACAGCUUAUUUGCUUUUGUUUGCUGUGAAAGCUGUCAAAAGAUCUCUCAUUUGGGAAGGGAUAAUAGAGACUAUAAUAUGUGUAUGA